AUGGAGGAGCGGGUGCAGGAAGAGGUGCCAGCAGCCCAGCGCACAGGAGGCCACCACCCCGUGCGGGAAGGAGAGGUGUUCAACAUGCGGUACCAGGCCCUGUACAAGCUGGGCUGCGGCGCCUUUGCCACCGUCUGGCUGUGCCAGGAUAUGAGGAGGAAGAACCAGGUAGCUGUGAAGGUCCUGAGAAGCAGGGAGAGCUUUGCUGAGGCUGCCCAGGAUGAAGUUGCUCUCCUCCACUGUGUGAGCAGUAUGAAGAGGAAGGACCGGGCAGGAGAAAACAUUGUCUGUUUGUUAGAUGACUUCAGAAUGAUUGGAGAGAACGGCUUCCAUGUGUGCUUGGUAUUUGAGGUGCUGGGUCCUUCCCUGCGAUGUCUGAUGGGUAACUACAGAGCCCAGGGACUGCCUUUGCCCUUUGUGAAAAAGUCUUUACAGCAGGUGCUAGCAGGGCUGCAGUUCCUGCACCAGCGCUGCCGCAUCAUCCACGCUGACAUCAAACCCGAGAACCUCUUGCUGUACGGACGCAACCAAAGCCUCCAAAGGCUUCUGCCCAACAUGCUUGACUGUGGCCAGACAACAGAUUUGAGGAGAAAGGGACCAGAUGGUGAUCUUGGCAAUCGAUUGGAAGAAUCUGAUUUAAUGAGCAUAGAAGUGAAAAUUGCAGAUCUGGGCAGUGCAUGCUGGACAUACAAGCCUUUUUCCAAGGAGAUACAGACCCAGCCAUACCGUGCCCUGGAAGUGCUUCUCGGAUUAGACUAUGGCACCCCUGCAGAUAUCUGGAGCACGGGCUGCCUGGCAUUUGAAAUGGCAACUGGAGACUGUCUAUUUGAUCCUCAACCUGGGAAAUAUUUCUCCAGAGAUGAUGAUCACGUUGCUCGUAUCAUUGAGCUCCUGGGAAGAAUUCCUCCUCAAAUAGCUUUCUCCUGGAACAAGUCAACUAAAUUUUUCAGCAGGCCAGGUGCUCUCCUGCGGCUCUCCAGGCUCUGCCCCCGCAGCCUCCGCAGCGUCCUGCAGGACACACACAAGUGGACGAGCGAGGCGGCCGCUCCCUUCGCCAGCUUCCUCCUGCCCGCGCUGCACUACUCGCCUCAGCGCCGCGCCACGGCGGCACAGAGCCUGCGGCACGCGUGGCUCGGCCCCCCGUGA